GUGGGCGCCCUGCGGACCCGACCCGAGCCCCGCGCCACCGCCAUGGGCUCCGAGGCCGCGCGGCUGCUGGAGGCGGCCGACUUCGCGGCUCGCAAGCACCGAGGGCAGCGACGGAAGGACCCGGAGGGGACCCCCUACAUCAACCACCCCAUCGGCGUGGCCCGGAUCCUGGCGCUCGAGGCCGGCGUCACCGACACCGCGGUGCUGCAGGCCGCCCUGCUCCACGACACGGUGGAGGACACGGACACCACCCCGGAGGAGCUGGAGCUGCGCUUCGGGGCGCAGGUGCGGCGCCUGGUGGAGGAGGUGACGGACGACAAGGCGCUGCCCAAGGCCGAGCGGAAGCGGCUGCAGGUGGAGCGCGCGCCCCACAGCAGCCCGGGGGCCCGACUGCUGAAGCUGGCCGACAAGCUGCACAACCUGCGGGACCUGAGCCGCUGCGCCCCCGUGGGAUGGACAGAGAGCCGAGUCCAGGAGUAUUUCGAGUGGGCGGCGCAGGUGGUGAAGGGGCUGCAGGGCACCAGCCAGCCGCUGGAGGAGGCUCUGCAGCAGCUGUUCCGGGAGCGUGGGCUGGCGCUCUGAGCAGGGCCGGGGACCUAGCCUGGCCACGCCGGGCCGAUUCUCACCCCAGCUUCCCAGUGCCUUCACUCAGCUCGGACAUCAAGACUAAAGGCAUCCAGGGUUCCUCACUGUGGGGGGAGGGGCGUCUCAGGUGUACCCCAUCCUUGAGCUGCAUUUGCUGCCCUUUCCCAAGUGUCAGGCGUUUGCUACUCUGUAAGGCGGGCCUGAGGCGUCUAUAAAGGCUGAUCACAAAGGCAUUUGGAGAAUAAAAGCACUUGUGGGUGAA